CAGUCCUAGCUAGCCAGUAGCUCUCACGUUACGCAAGCGUUGUCCGUUGCAUUUGUACCACUUGUCCAAAAUGAAGUCCCUGGUCUGUCUGCUCGCACUCGGUGCCUUGGUUGCUGCGGUGAGCUGUGCUCCUGUGCAAGAGGGUGAAGCCCGGGUCAGUCGCCAAGUUUCGGGUUCGGCGGCGAAUGCUGGUGCUCAGUCGUUCAAUCAGGGCUUUGGCUUCCCGGUCCACGGUUUCGGUGGGGCCUCUGGAUCGGCUGCUUCGGCCGGUAGUCAAUCGUUCACGCAAGGUGGAGGCCACGGGUUUGGAGGCUUCUCGGGAUCGGCGGCGAACGCUGGUGCUCAGUCGUUCUCGAGUGGUGCCGGAGGACACGGAUUCCCUGGCUUUGGAGCAGCCACCGGAUCAGCUGCAAAUGCCGGUUCUCAGUCCUUCGGAGGAUAAACUCCGGCGUGUUCCGUACGCUAUGACCAAGUAUUAAGACCUUGGAAGGAUUAUGUCUUUCGAUGCUCUCGGUUUUUGGCCUUUUCAUCAGGAUUCCACUUCAACAUCAUAACCAGUCUUACGAGUUAAGCUUCCGAACCGGCUAGUGCACGGUGCCAAGGCGAAAUAAAUCAAAAUAUGUAAGAAGAAAAUUACG